AUGAGCAACCCCGCCAAAGGCGUCAAAUUUGUCGGCUCCGACUCUUCGGGGCUUCCCUUGAAGCGGAAGCAGGUUCUGCAGGCCUGCGAAUCAUGUCGCAGAAAGAAGAAACGCUGCAUCCAUGGGGAGCCUCCGCCGUUGGACCACGCGCAUGACGGGUGUGCGGGUUCUUCGCCGCCGGAUAACGCUGGACAACAUGUCGUCGCCGUCUCCGGUUCACCAAGCAAACAUCGUCACUCGGCGUCCGUGACCGCUGAUGCCGUGCUGACCACGACCCCUGCCCGCCGUGAGUCUGCCACGGCGGGCUAUUCGGAGCCAGCGCAGACUCCACAGACGCGCUUCGUUGGCGAUCUUAACCCGGAGGGCAUGUUCGCCGAGGCCGCCGACUCAGAUCCGGCCGCCAACCCUACGCAGAAGGCCGAAGUGGGUGUUUGGCUCCCGUCUCUCAACGCCGCUUCGGCACAGUCGACGACGUCGGUUGUCUCGCGUCCGUCUGCUAUUAUCGACAAGGUCUUGCUGCCUUAUGUUAAGCAGAAUUGUCUCACCUGCGUCCCGCCGGAGAAGGACUACAAACAUCUCCACAAGGUGUAUCGAGAAAAGAUCCACCCCAUUUUCGGGCUUGUCCCCGACGACAGCCUUGAUGAUGGCGAUUCCGCAGCAGCUAUUGUCAUGCGACAGGUGGUAUGUCUGGCUGCUGCGACUGACCCCGACAUGAAAAGCCACUUGCGCCUCGCUACGCAGGGGAACAAGAGGCUCUCAUACCAAGACUUCUCUCAGACGUUAUCUAGCUCUAUCCGGGCCAUCCUGGAUACGAGUUUGAUCUCGGACCGGACGGUACACAUUCGUGCCUUGUGCAUGCUGUCACUUUAUGCUCAGCCUUCUGGUGCCGAUGAAGCAGACUUGCCCGCUCAACUCGGCGCCAGAGCGGCGCACCAUUCGCAGACUCUCGGGCUGCACCUCUUCCACUCUAGCAAUGACUCUCUCGAUACCCUUUUCUGCGCUGUUUGGGCCCUGGAUCGUAUUAACGCAGCAACGUACGGAAGACCCUGCGUCUUGCAUGAGGGUGACAUUGGUCCCGGUCUAGACGACUGUUUCCGGAGACAAGCGCCCUGCUUCCAACUCUUCCUAUCGGUCGUGCAGUGGCUGGACAAGGUGAUUGAGCUCUACCGUCCAGGUGUCAUUGCUCAGUCACUUGAAGCAAAACCAUUUAUCGAUCUCCCUGUCUUGGAACCCAUGAUCCUCGAAGCCAAUGCUUUACAGGUCCCCACACCGUUGCUUGCGACGAUCGAGGUCUUUUACCACGCCGUGAUCAUCCUAUCAUGCCGCCUAUCUCGACCCGGUCCCCCAGCACAAUACGCAUCAUCAGUACCACCGCCCUCAGCAAACGCCCGCCGCUCCCUCGCAGCCGAGCGAAUAUCCUCCGCCAUCCGCCGCGAUCACCUAAGCCCAGUCCCCCUCGUCCCAUACGCUCUCUCCCUAGCCCUCAGCGUCGAGUACCGCAAAAUGCGACACAGCGCCCUGCCAAUGUUUCGUGCCCGCGCUCGUAGCGCGUUCAAGUCCAACUCGGAGCUGAUGAAGAGGUUCGGCGACGUUUUCUGGAGCGCACGGGUCGUCGCGGGUUUAGGCGAGCGUAUCCUGCGAGAGAUGGAGCGGGCUGCCAAUUCCCUUGCCCAAGAAGGGGGCGCGGCUUUGCCGACGGCUGCCAUUGUUGACGUGCCUACAAAUGGGAAACUCGAUGAGCCUGUAGUGGUUGACGGAGCGGCGGCCGAACCGCCGUCGGCUCCUGUGGCUCCUGCGCCGACUACUGAGCUUCCGGCGUUGGAAGCCAUUGACUUUUCGAUUGUCGAUGCGAUGCCACAUCUCGACGUCUUUGGCCACUUCGACCCGAGCUUCAACCUAUCGGCUGUUGAUAAUGCUCUGGAGGCUAACCUCGACAUAGGCCUGCCCCUGAACUGGGGAGAAUGGGACCAGUUUGCCGGUUGA